ACUUUGUUUUCUAUUAGUAUAUGCAUUCGGGUGUCGACACAUCGUUCGUUUUCAGGAUUAACUGGUUGCUGCUGCACUCAGUGCAGUCUGCUCGGCUUUCCGGCAAGCACUGAGGCUGUUGUUAGGUCGUGCUCUGCUUGGGCUUCUGAUUCGAGCUAUCCUCAGCACUGACUCUCGGCUCCUCCGUUGGUCCUUCAGCUUACGUCAUGGUUUUUUUAUCAUGCGUAGUCAACAUUGCCAGUCGUCUAUUCCUAAUCCGAGCUUGUGCGAAGCAGAUUAUUCAUUAUUCAGAAUGGAUGGAAUAUAAGAACAUCAAACCGCGUCGAUCUCCUACGGCACAUCAUGCAGUCCAUUACAUCUGCGGCAUCAGCCAUGGAUAUGGAGCAGCGACAUUCCAGUUUCUGGUGCUACCAGUGCCGUCAGACCGUCUGCAUUCCAACUCGAGCUUGACCUACUACACCCGACGUUCAUCUCUGUCCGAUCUGCCACGACGGUUUUUUCGAGGAUGUCGACACUGCUAACGCUUCUCACACAGCUUCCAUCGCUUUCCACCAGGGUUCACGACGCUCUUCUAGUUUUCCCACGACGGAACCUGGAGGUGCUGGUACUUCAGAUCAGGCGUUACUGCAGGGCGGAACGUCGAGAUUCAAUCGCGUAAUCCGUAAUCUCACUAGCGGCGGCGAGCGCACCCGAGCUGCUGCUGAACUUGAAGAUGCGGUAACACUUCAGCGUCAAAGUUUCUUGACAUUGAAUCGGACUCGGAGACGUAUCCUUGCUGUUGAUAGCGACGCGUCUCAAGGGGCGAACCCUCGCGGCUCCAACAUUUCGUUCAUGGAAAUCGAUGAGCCAUUGGGAGAUUCUGAUAGAGCUCUGCGGCGUUUCAGUGGAAGGGGGAGCAGUUCCAGACGAGCUGGUUCUGAAGAGAAUGGUCCCAGGGAAGCUGCGGAAUUCGAGGCUGCAGCACUUCUGAGGCGGAAUCACCAAAGAUUGACUCGGAGUCGUGUCGUUGCUGCUGACAAUGAUGCAUCUCGAGGCGCGAAUUAUCGAAGCUCAGAGCCGUCGCUUUCGUCUUUGGGAAUCGAGACGGCCUUGGGAGCUGCAGGAAUAUCUCUGAGGCGUUUCAGUGGAGGCGGGAGUGGUACCAGACGAGCUGAAAUCGGAGAUGUUGGCAUGGAACGGGUUGAUGCACCAGAUGACGCAGUAUCAGCAGCAGCAGCAGUGUCGCCACUACCGGGGGGAGGACCAGCAAUGAGUGUUUCUGCCUCUGGCAUGAGUCGUCCCAAUGAGACGAGAACUACCUUUGGAGACCCAAAGCUGGCUGGUGUGACUGACACGAGGGCUACGAUUCAGACACCGGAAGAGGGCAAUGAGGAGGAAAUGCCAGAGUUUCACAGCGAUGCAGAUGAGGCGAAUCAAGCUGGUGGCGGUGAUUGUGCUUUUAACGAAGCCACGACUGCAGCAGCGGUUAUGGCUGAAGGGAUGCAUGGAAUUGCAGGCGAGGAAGAAGGCGACGUGCCAGAUGCUAACUUCCCUCGAAGUACGUCAGGGUACAAUGUGACUGGACUGGGGUUCAUGCACUACCCAGAGGAGGCAAGCGAAGAUGGUGAUGAUGCUAGCGACAGUGAUUCUGGCGAGAAUGAGAACGAGGCCCAAUUGGAUUUUUUCAACAGCGCCAACAGGAGAAGCCGUUUAAGAUGGUUCCGAGAAUCAGUGCGAGAGUUGUUGUCCAGGCUUGAAGCUAUAAGCAACUCAGACGUGGAGGACGAGGAACAAUUGGGUUUGAGCAGUCCGGAUAGGAACCACGAUGAGGAAAGGGAGGGAAGGGCUCUGGUCUCAGAAGGCUUAGGAAGGUCCGGUAUUUAUGGUGGUGCCGUGCUCGAAGGACGUGGCUCGAGACAGAUGGAGUUGACGCGUUUUGGGUUCAGAGAAAUGGUUGAUUUGGAAGGGAGAGAAGGGAGGGCAGGAAGCAGAGGCAUGCGUUCUGGAGUGCCUGACAAUGCAGCGCGAGUAACUGACGACAUGGUGGAUCUCGAUGAAUUCCGAGCCAUGGUGGACCGUUGGAUCGACAACUUCGCUACUGACUCGGUGAUACCACGCCAACGGGGCAACCCUCCGGCGUGUCAGGCUGCCGUUGCCGCCCUGCCACGUGUCCUCGUGCAGUUGGAGGACGUAGAGAGUGGCGCUGCAUGCUGUGUUGUGUGUAGUGACGUGGCGGAAGUGGGAGAGGAGGUGGUGAGGCUGCCAUGCAGGCAUCUGUACCAUGACGCGUGCAUCAGGCAGUGGCUUGGUGUGCGCAACACGUGUCCCAUGUGUCGCUUCGAGCUGUCCACCGAUGAUGAGGGGUAUGAAAGGAGGGAGCUGAUGCCAUCGCAAUGAGCAGAGUGGCAGCAGGAGGAAAAGUAGGAGUGCAGCAGCAGCAGUGGCGAUAUUCAGCAGGGGAAGCAGUAGCACGGCAGAUGAGGGGUGCAUGGAGAGAUCUAGCAUUGCAGGGAGAGCAGAAGCAGCAGCAGCAGGGUCCUUCAACAGCACAGAUGGCGAGGUACGAAGGAUACGAAUUCACAGUCCAGUAACUUACCAGGCGCAGCAUGGCACGCAGGAAUUUGGAGUGCGGAAGGCAGCAGGAGGGAGGAAGAGAAGACGAGGAUUGUUUAGGAUAUGUGGUGGAACAACAUGGGUGAUGCUGGAGGAGUGAAGUGUUUGCCCAUGGAGAUAUGCAGUCCAGUCCAGUUGUUGCAGGUGGCAUGUGUCGUUGGAGCUCUUGCUUAGGUGUGGCAAAAUUUACGUCAAGGACUAGGUAGACAGCUGUAAGGCGAAGCUGGAGUAGGGUAGGUAGACUGUCUCAGAAUAACGCAUUGACUAGAAUGGAGGGUACAAGGUGACUUUGUGCUAGUGAGUUGUUCUCUCUAAGCUCAUGCUGUCAAACUCUCUAUAGGUUAGAUAGGUUCAGUCCUAUAG